AUGUCGACCGAGAACGAGCCAGAGAUGACCGAGAUCGGAACAGGUGCGUUUCCUUAUUCCCACAGUCCAUCCGGCUCGUGGAGGCAAGGGCGGCUGCGGCUGCGGCUGCUGCUGCUGCCAAAGCGACUCGCAUGUCUGCAGUCCAUGGGCCAUGCAGCACCUCCCCACCACCACCACCAUCACCUUAAACAGCUUCUCGUUGAAUUGGAUUGUGUGAAGCAUAUCGCUGACAUCGUUGCGCCCCGCGCAGCUGCAGCGGCUGCGAUCCCACCCCACCUCCCGCCCGCCAUCGACCAGCUGGAGCGUUUAGCCGACCCCGCCGCCGCCUCAAGCACCACGACCACUCAGUGGAGCGACGUAGCGAAGCAUGCCAAGACGAUCGCCGGUUCCCUCAAAACACGUCAGUACUGAGCCCCUACCCAGUCGGAUCCAACCUCAAACUCGACUUUGACGGUGGCGCAUGGACCUCCCUCCAAGGCUGAACCGUCAGCUCCCUUCUCCUCCACAGCCGAGCUGCGAACGACGUUGGGAAACACCUCCUUGGUCAAGAGCGCGACAUUACUGCUCAAAACAUCAGUAGAUGCCUCGAAUGGCGAGGACGUGCUUGCGGCAAGAACCGAGUUGCUCAGAUUGAUCGGCAACAUGUGUUUCGACAACGGUCAGUCCGCAGUCCGCAGCCCGAACUGGAAUUGGAAUGACCGUGGUGGAGCAAAUGCGCUGAUCCUCGUCUCCACACGGACAGACCCCAAUCGCGCUCAAACCCAUUCCGGAGCAGGUCCCGAGUCGACCCUGGGGCUGCUCGCCAACCUCCUCGAAAUUGCUCCUCCUACCUCGUCGACCUCGUCUUCUAAAGUCACGCAAGCCUCGGCAGGGAAUGCCAGAGCACUCAGCACGGCAGAGCUCAAGUUUGUCCGCGCAGCCAUUGGGGCUCUGUUGAAUGCCUCGCUCAGAUAUGGUGUGUGCCGGUGCUUGAUGCUCACGUUACCGAUCGUCGACCUGUCACUGAUCAUACUCUGUUCCUUGUCGAAUCAGACCCCAUCCGCAAGGUGCUGUCUUCUCCUGCUGCCGUGACAACCCUUCUUGCGAUCCUCGACACCCGAACUACGCCCGAUCGAGCGAUUGCACCCAUCUACGUCGUCGGUUCGUGGAUGUUGAACCCCGGUCAAACCGAUGAGGACGAGUGGACGGAGCGAAUUGAGUUGGGCUCGACAAUCGCGGGUUGGGUCAUGAGCAUCUUGGAGGAUGCGCUGGCAGACGGUGCGUUUAGAAAGCCUCUGUCAGGGUCUCGUACAGCCGUACUGAUGUUCAGGUGACAUUCAUAUCCGCAGACAAAAACUCGUUUCCGCCCGAAGCGACGGCGGCGCUCUUCUCCAUCGUCAACUCCCUCCCACCCACCGACUCCAAGGUUCCACCGUACUACAUCUGGGAGGCCGAAGAGUCGUCCGACUUUGUCGAUUCUGAUAUCGAGUUGCUCACCCUCGUAGCCGCAUUGCUCGAAGCGACCUCGAUCGACUUGGUCGCGGUCAAGAAGCAGCUCGCCUUCGCCGACUAUGUGCCUGAGCAGCGCCUGCUCCCCCUCACUUUCGAUUUCAUCGAGUCGGCUCGACUGCCUGACGCGUGGCUUACGAUUGCGGGAACGGAGCGAGUCAAUGUCGAAAAGGCGUUUGCGAUGGUCAAAGCUGCUGUCGUCAGAGCGGUCGUUGAGGCUCCGAAUGAUGACGAGGUCAUGCUCGACUUUAUGCGCCAGGAGUGGCUCGUGAAGCGAUUGAUCGGGUGGUUGGAGUUGGGCCAGACGGGCGAGAGGGACGAUUUGCUGGUCUGCGCGAGUCAUAUGUUGGCGGCUAUAGGGCGAAAAGGUUUGUCCUUUUCUCGAGGACUUCGUGGUGGCUUACUUCUGCGUGCUAAGACUCUGCAUCUACCUCAGACGAGCACUGCGUCGCCCUCGUCCAGACGUACGGUGUCGCCGCCCCCUUAGCCCAGAUCGCGAGGCGGAAAGCUAUGCAGCAGUUCCAGAAGGAAUCGACAAAACCGGGCGGUGAAGUCACACAGGUCUUGUUUGGGGUCAUCUCCCUAUUGCGACAUUUGUCGAUCCCAGGUGGGUGCUGGGAGCGCGCGCACGCUCGACGGAGCGCCUUGUUGACGUUAUUCUUGCGCUAGCAGUUUCCAACAAGUCCAUCAUCGGCGAGACGGGAAUCAUCACCAUCGUAUCUAUGCUGCUCGUGCCGACCCUCGACUUCGUCGCGCCGUUGCAAAACGCUGUCGUCGGUCUGUUCAAGCACCUCACUGCUUCCAACGUCUACAACUCGCUUCGGCUGUUGGGCGCCCCUGCAUCUUCGACGCCUUCGAGUGUCCCGUCACCUAGUAAUGGGGGUGAAGCUGUAUCGCAACCGGCGUUGCCGACCCCUCUGAGUGCUUUGGAUUUAUUGGUCGCGAGCAUCAAGCGAACUGAUAACGUUCGACUGCGCUCCGAGGCAACGCGGGUCUUGGCCAACGUCGUUCGAUCGUUGUUCUCGACCAGGGUCAACUCGGACCCUUCGAAUCUCGCUGCGGCGUCACCCAUCACCCCUUCGAUGAAUCAGAGCAACCACAGUGGACUGCCUUCGAGUGGUGGGAAUACCGGUGGUGUUGAUACGGAGGAGAGCUUGAAGCGGAGGGGGAGGCCGAGGGUCUUGAGGAAGGAUGUGGUUGAGGCUUUGACGGAGAUGGUUCGAUUGAGUGAGAAGUACCCGAUGCUGAUCAAUGAGGCGGUCGUCGCUUUGACGCUCGUUGCUGGAUCCGGUGGGGCUGGAGGUACGUCCGCGUCGGAGCUGGGAUCGCUCGAGUUAAUUGACUGACCGUCCUCUGGUGACUUUACCCUGUAGCCAAGCUCGUUCUCGAGUCUCUGACGACCGUCCACGCCCCUCCAGCGCAGACGAGCGCCGAUCCUUCGGCAGUCGUUUCACCCACUUCUCCUCUCUCGCCCAGCCGAAAGCAGUCGCUUGCGCUCACCGAAGCAGGCGACCCUUUCAGCGCCGCUCUCAUGGCCGCCGGGUGGUUGUCCCUCUAUUCCAACCCCGAAAAGUACGAAGCGCUGAGCGCACCACUCAAACCGACUUCGUCUGCCGACGUGCUCGCUUCGACUGUGCGACCCGAGAUGAUCGGCAAUCUGUGUGCCCUAAUCAUCACGACCUUGCGAGGAUCCGAAGUGGCUCGAAUCGAAUCGGACGAGAUCGAUAAACUCAAGCUCGUCGUUGUGGGUCCUUUGAAGGGUGUGCAAGAGGCGCUGAGCUCGGAAACGGUCAAGGAGUCGCUCAAGGGGGGUGUGUGGGACGCGCUGAGGCGAACGGUCGCGAGGGCGAACGAGGUCGUUGAGGGGUGA